AAACAAAUCUACAGCGUUGUGGUACCGAAGUACUUUAACCGCCCGAUUCCGCUAAUGGUACUCACUCAUUUUUACACGGUCAGGUGAAACACGAGCAUAAAGAUAAGCAAAGGUAGCCCACGUAACUUUAUGCAUGUGUGUAAGGUACUUAGACUUGUACUCGGUUUGUUUGCAAUUAAAAAAAAAACAUCGGCAACUUAAUCAGUAAGUUAGUAGUAGGUACUUGGCCGGAGACAAACGCUGGUACCACAUAAUAGUUUUUUGAGUCAGUUAUGAAGUUACUCUCGAUAUUAAAAAGUUGUAAACAAGUACAAUAUUAACUUGUAAUUAAUAUAAUCCGUCACCAGUUUAAUUUUAGUUGUUGGUUAAUACACCUUAAAGUCAUGGUUACAAAAUGGUACAAAUUACACAGAAAAUAGGUAGGCGUUGAAAACGAGAUGGUAAUCGUUGGGUAAAUAUCAGUGAAUGAACAGUGAUCUAAGUUCUUCGGGGAAAAACACCGAUCAGUACUUCGAGCCAAUCUUUCUACAAAUUUCUAGACACUUGUAGUUGUUUUUCUUAUUUAGAAUUUCGUGCGUGAAAGUGCGUGAACUAUAAACUGGUAACAAUGGUGGCCAAAAAGAAUCAUCUCGAUUAUUCGAGUGUACCUACAACAGCGGAGCUAGAAAACAAUAGUAAUCAGAAGAAGUACACGGUCAAUCGGACUUCAAAAGGGGAUUUAGUUAUUUCGAAAAUAGUUUGUGGCCUUUUAGUAUUGUUAGCAAUGAUUCUCAUAGCAUUAGCGGCCUUAUUAACAUACUUUUUAUUACCUUAUUGUCCAAAUGAAGCUACUCCCGAAGCUUUAAGGAAAGCAGUUGUUAAAGAUGGACCUGCAAGGCUUCCACGAAGUAUACAACCCUUACACUAUAGACUUCAAAUAAUACCAUUCCUUGAGGAAGGAAAUUUCACAACAAACGGCGCAGUACAAAUAAAUGUGAAUGUUACAGAAUCGACUAACAAAAUAGAGCUAAAUAUUAAUGACAUAGAGAUAAACCAACAUUCCGUAGCUGUUAAACGUGUAAGUGAUGACAAAAGUGUAAAAGUAAGCGACCAAAAAUAUGAUAACGAGUCGCAAAAAUACAUAAUAUCCUUAGCGGAAUCCUUAAAAGAAGGAGAUCAGUAUCAAAUAGCCAUCACAUACAAUGGAAAACUCAACGAUUACAUGCAAGGGUUUUACAGGAGUUCUUACAUUGAUUCUAAUACAAAAGAUGUCAGAUGGAUAGCAAGCACCCAAUUCUCCCCAACAGAUGCCCGAAGGGCUUUCCCGUGCUUCGACGAACCAUCUUUCAAAGCAAAAUACACUGUCAGUAUCGCUAGACCAUCAAAUAUGACUUCAUUAUCAAACAUGCCAAAACGUGAAAGCGUUGUUGUAGUCGACAGAAAAGAUUGGAUUUGGGAUCACUUCAAAGAAACGCCUCAAAUGUCUUCGUACCUUGUUGCUUUUGUAGUAAGCGAUUUGCAGCCUUUCCGGUUCAAUUCAUCGGAAAAACUGUUCACCAUUUGGAGCAGGAGAGACGCGUUAGAACAGACGAGAUUGGCUAUGGACAUUGGACCAAGAAUUUUGUCGUAUUUCGAAAGAUAUUUCGGCAUCGAUUAUCCCUUGCCCAAAAUCGACAUGGUUGCAGUGCCUGAUUUUGGAUUUAAUGCUAUGGAAAAUUGGGGCUUGAUUACCUUCAGAGAAGCUGUUUUACUAUUCGACGAAAAGAUAUCUACAGUCGAAGACAAAAGAGCUGUGGCUACCGUUUUAGCCCACGAAUUGGCCCAUCAGUGGUUUGGAAACCUCGUUACCCCUAAAUGGUGGGACGACUUAUGGCUAAAAGAAGGUUUCGCCAGCUACUUACUGUAUUACGGAGUUAAUUUUGUGUUUCCCGAUUGGAACAUUUUAACUGAAUUUAUCAUGACAGAAGUUCACAAGGCCUUCGCAAUUGAUUCCUUAAAGUCGACACACCCUCUGACCUUUACAGUUCACUCUACAGACGAAAUAAGGCAGAUGUUUGAUCCCAUCUCCUACUCUAAGGGUGCUUCCAUUAUUAGAAUGAUAAACAACUUCCUUGGCGAAAGAACCUUCAAAGCAGGACUUAUCAAGUAUUUACACACAUUUACUUAUUCUAACGCAAGACGGGAUGAUUUAUGGGACGUGUUGACCCAACAAGCUCACGAAGACGGAAAUCUUCAUGAUGAUCUGUCCAUAAAAGAAAUUAUGGAUUCUUGGACUGUACAGUCAGGUUUUCCAGUAGUCACGGCUGUUAGAAAUGGUAAAAGAGUCGACGUUUCUCAGAAACGGUUUACUUUUGACAAAAGCUUUGCCGAGGAUACCUUGUGGUGGGUGCCGUUGUCUUAUACUACCGAUCUUCGUACCAAUUUUGACGAUACGUCUCCUAAGCAAUGGUUGAAAAAGGAAACCGGAAAGAACUUCGAAAUUGAAGCAAACAGAUGGUGGCUUGUCAACCCACAUCAGACAGGUAUUUCACAUUCUUCCUUUUUCAUGACUUCGUCCUUAUGGAUUGCAUCAUUACUUUGAAACUAUAAACUAGAA